AUGGACAGAGGGAUGAGAGAUUAUAUCAAACCCAAUUUUCCAACAGGUACAGCAAGGGCAUCCAAUCCUGAAGCCAUAAAAGAUCCGAGGUGCUGGAUCGUAAAAGCGCCCCUCGUUUCGUCUAUCCCCAUCCCCACCUCCACCCGGACCGGAAGCCGCAAGCCCAGCGGCGGAAACCACAAAACCACCAAGCCGAGCGUGAAGGCGCCCGGUGCCCCGCCCCGCCCCGCCCACCACCCCACGAAACCCAAACGCGCCUCCCUCCCCAGCGAGGGAUCCCGCAUCCCCCCCUACCCGUUUCAAUUUUCAUUCAAAAGGGCGUGGAGGCGCAGGCGCCGCACCGCCGCCGCCGCCGCCACCGACGAGGGAGGAAACGCCAGUCCUUAUUUCCCCCCGUCCCCUCCCCGAACCAGCCCGAUGUUGUCCGACCAGGAGCUGGCCCAGUACGUGGAGUCCUUCGUGCAGCACACCGCCGCGCAGGGCGGCACCGGGAUAUCGGCGGAUGCCGUGGUGCGCCAGCUCGGGGCGCAGCUCGGCGUCGACCUCUCCCCCAAGGCGCACCUCAUCCGCAGCGUCCUCGUCGCGCUCCUAGGCCCCGCUGCCGCGCCGGCGCCGGACCCCGCCGCCUCGCGGAAGGACCAUUUCGACCCCGCGACCGCCGCCGGCGGGGGCGCCCGCGCCGAGGCUCCUGCGCAGCAGCAGCUGCCCUUCUCCACCUCCACCGCCGCCGCGUCGUCGGCCCCCGCCCCGGCGCCCGCCGUUCCCCACUUCUUCCCGCAGCAGCACCAGCACCAGAUGCAGUCUUUCCUCUCCGCCCCGCAGCAGUACCAGCACCAGCAGCAGCAACGCGCCGGCGGGCCUCCCUCUCCGUUCGACGUCCCCGCGUCGUACCGCUACGGGCACCAGCCCUUCGCCCAGGCUGACCAGGCCCAGCUGCAGAGGCUCGUCCAGCUACAGCAGCAUCAGCAGCAACAGCAGUUGGCUGCCGCGGCGAGAGCUGCGGCUGCAGCGGCACCCACUCCGGCGGAGAGCCCCCGUGCGCGGGCGCCGGCAACGGCGCCGGCUGGCUCCAAGAAGGACAGCAGUGCUAGUGCUGGAGCAAAACGAAGAGGUGGUCCUGGAGGGUUAAACAAAGUCUGCGGUGUGUCUCCAGAGCUGCAAGCUAUUGUUGGUGAACCAGCCAUGGCUAGAACUGAGAUUGUUAAGCAGCUUUGGGCGUACAUUCGCAGGAACAAUUUGCAAGAUCCUAACAAUAAGAGAAAGAUUAUAUGCAAUGAUGAGCUCCGAUUAGUUUUUGAGACUGAUAGCACAGACAUGUUCCAGAUGAAUAAGCUUCUGUCUAAGCAUAUACGUCCUCUGGAGAGUAAAAAUGAUUCAAAACGAGAAGCAAAAAAAUUGAAGCCAGAGGGUGGUGAACAAAUUCCUAAAGUUGAAACUGAUGUUAACCAACUUCCCCUUACGGUUUCUGAUGCUCUUGCUACCUUUUUUGGUACGGGAGAAAGAGAAAUGGUCCAUUCUGAGGCUGUUAAGCGUGUCUGGGAGCACAUUAAAAGCAAUAAUUUAGAGGAUCCAGAGAAUCCUACAGUGAUACUGUGUGACUCCAAACUUAAACAACUCUUUGGAUGUGAAAGUCUUGCUGCUCAUGGUGUCUCAGAGUUGCUUUCAGACCACCUUUACAAGCAGCAAUCUACCAAGAUCUGACUGGUGAUACAUUUUCUGGAUUCAGUUGGGCUAACAUCCUGGUAGUAGGCACUGAUGAAAGGACAAGAAAUCCGCUCAAAGCAUUGUAUCUUCCAUAUUGGUCAAGACUGAUUUACAGUAGCAAGGAAAAGGAAAUGGCAGUUGUGGCAUAUUAUCUAGUGAGACAUAGUAGUCCAUCUGACUUUCUAGUUUGUUAAAUAGGGAGCAGCUUGGUUGCUAAGUUAAAAGGACAGCGAGAGCUGAUGUACUUUGGCUGAUGUAAAUUCAGCAACCGUAGGUGCGUUUUCUGGUAAGAAGUCGCUUUCUCGUUAGCUAACCUGGAAGCCUCUUACAUUGCUAGUGUCCUAAGUUGACUCGAGACAUCUGUACCCCCCCAAUGUUAUGUUGUAGGUGAUACCUAACUUAUACAGUUUAGAUCGUUAUCCUGAAUGUUCAUCCUUUUCUUCAA